GUGAAUCAUAGUAACAUAACCUCUAUUUUGGAUUUUAAAUUAUUAACUGUUUAAACUUUUAAAGUAUUUUUUUAUCAUUUGUAUGUGAAUACUACAUAAUAGUCACAGCUAUUUUAGACGAAGUCUAAGUGAUUACGCCAAAUGAAUUUACUUAUCUUAAUUUUCUUGUCCAAUUUUAUUUUUAUAAAGUCUGAACCAAUCGUUAUCAAUACAUGGAAAUUUACUGAAGCAACAAGAGAAGCUUGGAAAACAUUACAAGAAACACAUAAUAGUAUUGAUGCUUUAGUAGCAGGAUGUAGCAAAUGUGAACAGCUACAAUGUGAUCAUACUGUGGGCUUUGGAGGAAGCCCAGAUGAAAAUGGUGAGACUACUUUAGAUGCCUUAAUUUUCGACGGAUUAACAAUGAAUGUAGGAGCUGUUGCAAAUUUAAGAAGAAUAAAAAAUGCAAUAGCAGUAGCAGAACAUGUACUAAAAUACACAGGGCACUCAAUUUUAGCUGGGGAACUAGCCACCCAGUUUGCAGUUCAAAUGGGAUUUAAAGAAGAAACACUGACUACAAGUUAUUCAAAGCAACUUCACACUUCAUGGGCCAAAAGUAAUUGUCAACCGAACUUCUGGAAGAAUGUCGAUCCUGACCCUAAAACGUCGUGUGGACCGUACACUCCAGCAAAUGAAAACAGCAUUUGUUAUAACCCAUCAUUAUUUGAUUCUGAAAAUCAUGAUACUAUAGGAAUGGUUGUAAUUGAUAAAAACAACCACAUAGUAGCAGGUACAUCAACAAAUGGAGCUAAUCAUAAAAUUCCAGGACGAGUAGGGGAUUCACCCAUACCAGGCGCAGGCGCUUAUGCUGAAAAUAAUGUAGGAGGAGCCAGUGGAACCGGUGAUGGAGAUGUUAUGAUGAGAUUUUUACCAAGCUUUCUAACUGUCGAAGAAAUGAGAAGAGGUAGUACUCCUACUGAAGCAGCACUGACAGCUAUAAAACGAGUAGCUGCACAUUAUCCUAACUUUUUUGGGGCAGUUAUCGCAGUGAAUGUAAAUGGAGAGUAUGGGGCUGCUUGCAAUGGUAUGGACGAAUUCCAUUUUUCAGUGUUCAAAACAAACCAAUCGGAUGUUAAAGUUCAAUCAGUCCUUUGCAACAAGUAGGUAUAGUUAACUAUUAUACGUUUAUUAAAACGAAAAUAAAUAUAUAUAUAUGAUUGAUUAAAUUAAUUCUUUGUUACUUAUUUUUAAAAAACAUAAAUCUGCAGCAAAGUAAAAAAAAAAUUAAACCAAAAGACUAAUUGAACCACCAAUAUUGUUAUGCAAAAUAAAUUGUAUUAUGCAUUAUAUUUGUGAUGGACGAUAAAAAAUUGAGUUGUAUGAUAUGAAACCAACAAAAAUUUUUCAAACAAACACAUUUCACUUGAUACGACUCACGACCGUAUUCUCGUCUUCAAAAACUCUAAACUAUUUCGCGCAAAAAUAUCACGAAAUGCAUUAUUAGCUUAUUUCUUAAUUGAUAGCUCUAUUUUUUGUAUUACUUGCAUUACUUUUGUAAUUUGCUUUACCAUUAUCAUUUUAGCAAGACUGGUUCUGAUUCUCUUAGCGCCAGACUAACUAAACAUUAAAAUUUUAAUUUAACUACAAUAAAACUACAAUUUAAAUUAUGUUAAUCUCUUAUUUUUGAAAUUAUCGAUCAUACGCAUUCAUUGUAUCUCCCAUACAAAGCAUUCUUUUGAAAUAUAUACAAACAGUACACUGAUAUUAUGAAUAGUCUCAGGGUUAUUUUCAUUAUAUUUUACAUUAAAUAGACCAAUCGUGCAACAGACUUCAAUUAAAGACUACAUGAAGGACAACUUCCACUUGUUACCUUUGUAUCAUUUACUAAAUAUUCUGUCAGAAAUUUUCAAUGCACAAGAUGUUAACUUAAUAAUGAAAACCUUACGUCGAAUAUCAAUAUCAUAAUUAAAAAAAAAAAAAAACUCCAUUCAUCUUUUGGCUCCUACACUUCAAUUUUAGAAUCGCAAACUGUUUAAUUUGUAUUAGAAAUUAAAAUCAUUACAAAAGUGUUAUAUCUUAAUUUAGUAAAUGAUACGUAUAACAACAUUUCUAACAUUACAUUUAAAUUACAUUAUUCCUGUAAUAAACAUUGGGAUAUUAAAAUUUAUUCUGAUUGAAAAAGCUUUUAAAUGUUACAUAGUUUACUUAAACAAUUUAACAAAAUGAUUAACAGUAAUAAAUCUGCAAGUAGCUGAGUAGUCAACAUAUUGUUCAAUGUAGGUGCCUCAGAAAAAAGAGAGAGCAACUAUCAAAAGACAGUUAAAAAAAAUAUCGGCAGUUUUUACAAGAAAUAC